CAAUGUUGCGAUGGACAGUUGGACAGUGUUUCGCUCUCAGUUAAAGUAAUAUAUUCGAGCGACAAUACGCGUGAGAGAAUUUUAUUCUAUCCAACAAACGAAAAAGAAGAGAGAGAGAGCAAGAAGCGAGAGAGAAUAAAAAAAACGCACCGAAACGUUCUUAUUCUCUUUCAGUUUAGCGCUCGUACGGGUGCUAUUGUAUGUGCAGUUGUUGUGUUCUGUUUGCCUGUACAGAGUGUGCUGUUCUACUUUCUGUGGUUUCGUUUUGUCAUAUAAAUAAAAUAUACGCACAAAUUACGUAUGUGAAAGGUGAAUAUUGUGAAAACAAAGCGUCUAGAUUUACAAAGAUUUGGAUUGGAAUUCCGAUAGUGAGAAUUUGUGUGUGUGUUCUUUUUCUUCUCUAUGCUGUAUGUGCUUAAAAGAGUUAAUAAUUGCCCUCUAUAAACUUUGACACAUGCUCUCCCCAUAAAUUGUUUGCAUUACCAAUAAGAAUCUUGAUUUGAUAAAAAAGAAUCACAUACGAUAGGGAACGAAAUCGAGCAGAAACCAUUUAAAAUUCGAUUUGUGCUUAUUUAAAGUAGUGACGACUUCUAGAAGCGUACGCAAAUCAAGCUGAAAGUAAAAAAAACCGCGUCGAAACAAGGCCAUUUACACGUUUAAUCUACCAGUGAAAAACCUCUUUGUACCGUUUGGUGCACGCGUUUUAUCCCCGUGUUCAGCACCACCACCACCACACAGACACGGUCCUCAAAUACAAAAACAAGUAUAUUAUUUAACUGAGUACAGAGCAUAACUGUCAUUCGAAUUGACAUAAUGGCCACUCAGCCACCGGGAGCUUGUACACGUUUCUCCGACAAUUAUGACAUUAAAGACGAGCUCGGCAAAGGUGCAUUCUCAAUUGUUAAACGUUGCGUGCAAAAAUCGACCAGUUUAGAAUUCGCUGCAAAAAUAAUCAAUACGAAAAAGUUGACCACAAGAGAUUUUCAAAAGUUGGAACGUGAAGCACGGAUAUGUAGAAAAUUACAGCACCCUAACAUAGUGCGAUUGCAUGACAGUAUUCAAGAGGAGAAUUUCCAUUAUUUGAUAUUCGAUUUAGUGACUGGCGGUGAAUUAUUUGAGGAUAUUGUAGCACGAGAAUUUUAUUCGGAAGCCGAUGCAUCGCAUUGUAUUCAACAAAUUUUAGAAUCAGUUAACCAUUGUCACACAAAUGCGGUGGUUCAUCGUGAUUUAAAGCCGGAAAAUUUGCUGUUGGCCAGCAAAUUGAAGGGUGCCGCCGUGAAAUUGGCCGAUUUUGGUUUGGCCAUUGAAGUGAUGGGCGAUCAACAGGCAUGGUUUGGAUUUGCUGGCACACCUGGGUAUCUAUCACCAGAAGUUCUUAAGAAAGAACCAUACGGCCGUGCCGUUGACAUAUGGGCAUGUGGUGUUAUACUUUACAUUUUACUCGUUGGCUAUCCACCAUUUUGGGAUGAAGAUCAGCAUAGACUUUAUUCACAAAUCAAAGCUGGUGCUUAUGAUUAUCCAUCACCCGAAUGGGAUACUGUUACGCCCGAGGCAAAGAAUUUGAUCAAUCAAAUGUUGACUGUCAAUCCAUAUAAACGAAUCACGGCUGCCGAUGCAUUGAAACAUCCAUGGAUUUAUCAACGUGAACGGGUUGCAUCCUCUGUUCAUCGUCAGGAGACCGUAGACUGCUUGAAGAAAUUCAAUGCACGACGAAAACUUAAGGGAGCUAUUCUCACCACAAUGCUGGCCACACGGAAUUUCUCAAGUCGUAACAUGAUUUCAAAGAAGGAAGAUGGUUCACAAAUCAAAGUGUCGACUGAUUCGAGCAAUACAACGGUGGAGGAGAACGAUGAUGUUAAACUUCGUCGUCAAGAAAUCAUUAAAAUGACUGAACAACUAAUUGAAGCGAUAAACAAUGGUGAUUUUGAUACAUAUGCUAAAAUAUGCGAUCCACAUAUGACGGCCUUUGAAACGGAAGCCCUGGGCAAUCUCGUCGAAGGAAUGGACUUUCACAAAUUUUAUUUCGAGAAUGUACUCGGCAAAAAUUGUAAAGCAAUCAAUACGACCAUAUUGAAUCCGCACGUUCAUUUGUUGGGUGAUGAAGCUGCCUGUAUCGCAUAUGUUCGAUUGACACAGUACAUUGAUCGUGAUAGCCAUGCGCAUACACAUCAAUCGGAAGAGACACGAGUUUGGCAUAAACGCGAUUCGAAAUGGCAAAAUGUGCAUUUCCAUCGCAGUGUUACUGGCCAUAUUAGCGCUUCAACGCCGUUCGAUUUUUCCACUCAUACCAAAUAAGAGCAGCUGAAACGAAAGUAUCCACUAACGCGAUCGUUUCGUUUAGCCAAAUUGAGGAGAACGUAAUCGAAAACAAAAAGGUGUCUCUUAAACAACCGCCCAACACAAAUUAAUGGUUGUUAACGGCAUUUUGUUUUUCAUUGAAAUUGAGACGGAAAAAAUAUCUAACAUCAAAUUGACCACACUGACCAAUGCAUAUUCAAAACAUUAUUUAAACACAACAAAAAAAAACAAAUAAUUACUAGUCAUUUUUGUUGCUGGACUUUUCGUCAAACGAACCAAACGUUUUGGCGAAAAGUGGUCGGUCACUGAAAACGAGCUCGUGUAUCUUCUUUCACUCAGUGUAAAAUCGGUGUGUGCACAUGUGAACUAUAGUGUUGUAUCCUUUGUAAAAAUUGUUUCAUUUCAUCGUAAAAUGAACUUAUUUUCUGUCGAACAGAGAGAGAAGGUGAAUCCAAAUCAUUUUAAAACAAAUUGAUUGAAACAAAAAGAAGAAAAAGAAAAAAUACCCUCGUAUACAUGCAUCGUUUCUGUGAUGUCUUUCAUCUAGAGAAAUUUGUGUGUGUAUUUUAAUUUUUUGUUCGUUCGGUGUGUCUAUUCUGAAUCGCGUUUUCUCAAACCAACUAUUUUUCGUAAACCGUUCGGUUUUGGUUCCUGUUUUGGUCAUCUUUGUUGGAGUAAUUCUCACAUUAUUGACUCCAGUCUUCAAUUGUGUUUUACAUUUAAUAUUUGAUAUAAAAUAAUUACGAAGAAAUUUAGCAUAUAAAAAAGCAAAAAAAAAACAAACAAACAGAGAAAUCAUUACUCUAAGUGUUACCAUUCCAUUGACACAAGCGCUGAAUGGAAAAUUUAUCUUAGAAUUGAAAUGAAAAACAAACUAACAAACACACAUUCAAACAGCACCAAUUAGCAAAUAGUUAUAAAAUGAUAUGAAUACUUAUUUCAAAACCAUCUCUUCAAUUCAACAUUAACAAAGAAAAAACCGUUUUUUAGCGAAUGCAUUUGUAUUGUUAUAAAAAAAAAAGUUCCAUAUUCAAACAAACAAAAAAGAAUGAAAAAAAUAAAAUACACGAAAAAUAAUCCAAUAAAAUUUAAAAUGCAAGGAGACCCAAA